AUGUUAAUCGAGAACAAAUUACUAACCAGUCCAGCCCCACACCCUCAAUUCAUCCUCGCCAUUUCCAUCCUGCUUUUAACCCUCCUCCCACAAUGUUCAUCCGAGAUUAAAAACACCCACAUCGUCGCCGAUCGCCGCUCUCUGAUCCUAUUCGAGCAGUUCGGCUUCUCCAGCAACGGCCACGUCGACAUCUCCGUCAAGAACGUUUCAUGGAAAUCCCGUAACCCAAAUGCCAAGCCACCCAAUCUCUCCAACAUGGGUUUCUUCAUAGCUAGAGACAUCUCCGUAAUCCUCAAUGAAUCCUUCUACUCCUCACCCGAGGUCGCCGCCGCCGCUCGUGCCACCGCCGCUGCUGCCGCCAUGGACACUACUUCUUCUUGCAUUCUCUCCCGCCAAUUCGCCCACGUCAUAUUCCGAUUCGACACCCUCACCGCCAAUAAUUCCACAUUCAACGCCUCAAUCGCCAAUCCCGGAUCUUACAGCCUAAUGUUCGGCAACUGCCAGCCCGAAUUCGAAAUCUCGAUGCACGUCCACACCGAGAUGUACAACAUCGAAGAAUCUUCCGGCGAGAAAGUCUAUCUCCCCGUGGGCCAAACCCUUCUCCCUUAUCUCUAUCUGGGGUUCUUCUCAAUCUACGCCUCGUUCACCCUCUUCUGGGCAUUCCUCUGUUUCUGCAAGCAGAGGAGCCAAUACGCCGUCGUCGUCGGCAAGAUCCAUCUAAUCAUGGCGGCUCUCCUCCUCGUCAAAUCCCUGAAGCUAAUCUGCGCCGCGGAGGACAAGCUCCACGUCUCCACAACCGGCAGCCCGCACGGCUGGGACGUGGCGUUCUACGCCUUCGGGUUCCUCAAAGGAAUCAUGCUCUUCACCGUCAUUGUUCUCAUCGGCACGGGAUGGUCUUUCCUCAAACCCUAUUUACACGAACGAGAAAAGAACGUCCUGAUGGUCGUCUUCCCACUCCAGGUGCUCGAAAACAUUGCCAAUGUCGUGAUCGACGAGACGGGGCCCGCGACGAAAGACUGGGUAGCGUGGAACCAGAUUUUCUUGUUGAUGGACAUCUUGUGUUGCUUUGCGGUGUUGAUGCCGAUCAUGUGGUCGAUAAAAUCACUGAGAGAGGCUUCGAAGAAUGAUGGGAAGGCUGCGAGGAAUCUGGAGAAGCUGACCCUUUUCAGGCAGUUCUAUUUGGUGCUGGUUGUGUACCUGUAUUUCACCAGAGUUGCGGCGACGGCGAUUGGGUCCGUGAUGGGUUACAGGUUCGAGUGGGUGAGGUAUUUCUUAGGGGAGGCUGCGAGCUUGGUGUUUUAUGGGUUUGUGUUCUAUAACUUCCAGCCUGUCGAGAAGAACCCUUACUUUCGGGUUGAAGAAGAGGAAGUGGGUGGGCAAUUGCUGGCCAAGGUUGAGUCGUUUUGA